AUGUUUCUCGAUCAGAUCCUCAAUGCUUUCUGCGGAAUGCUGCUGCACUAUUUGAAUAUAGUCCUCUAUGCCAGCAGCGACAAUUACAUGUUUAUCGAAGCGGAAAGGCUGCUUCAUGAAUUCACUCGCCGCGACGCAUCCAUCGUCUCUCUCUUUAUCAUGCCCGUCUUCGCGGAGGUCCUUAAGGCUUUUAUCCAUUACUUCUUGGGCCACAUCCUGACCUUGGUCAUGAUUCUCGAGGCCGAGACCCUGCAUACCCACUCAUCUACUUUGAUGCAAGUCAGCACCGGUAGCCCAAGCAUCCCAGCCCCAGUCUCUCGCAGCAUCUUGAGCGCCUGCAUCUUCCUGGUCCGCACCGCCGGCCUGCGCGUCUUCUUCAAAGGCAUCAGAGCAGCCAUCGUCUACCGCGCCUCCUUCCUCCUCACAACCCUCUUCAUCGAAAAGAUCGAGCGUCUCAUGAUAUGCCCCCGUUCCUUCGCGCCGUUCGUCGCGCGUGUCCUCUCCACCGUCUUCCUCAGCAACCUCCAUCUCGCAUGGACCCAGGCCACGAUCUGCAUACCCUCUUCUGCGCUCGUCUUGUCUGCGCCGAGAUCUGCGUCAUUCGACCAGCCUCCUUCCUGGCGCAUUCUUGCCCUUCCGUCCCUUUUCUUCGCCAUCGUGCAGAUCCUGAUGGACCUACUGCCUCGCAUCCUCCUCCGCGUCCUCAUCACCCUGAUCCCGGAACCCGAACGCACCGCUUCCCCCUGGAAAGCCAAACUCGCGUCCCAGAUCCUCAUCACAGUCUGUCGUCUUGCUCUGCACUUCCCUGCUCUCACGGCCCUCACCCUCAUCGAAGUUCGUCUCCUCCCGGACCUAGAGAACACAAUCGUCCCGUCGAUUCGAGGCCGAGGCGCCAGAAUGAGCGAGCUCGGUGCAUUAGGAGUUACCAGCCCGUAUGCGAGACCCGGAUCGGGUUUUUUCUGGGACGUGGGCGCUAGUUUCGGCGCUGGUGACGGUCCUGGACUGCAUACUCGACUUGGUUUGGAUCUUGUCCGGUGGACUACGGUUCUUUGGCUCUGCAAGCUUCAUGUGAAGAACUGUCUAUUGCAGUUUGCUGUGGAGGUGUUGUUGGGGAGGUAG